GAGCUUGGUGCUUAAGUAGGCUGCCAAUCAGUCAGUCAGCUCCACAUCCAGAAGCUCCUGCGGCCAGAUAUACGCGCAUCAUCACUCCGCACUCGAGGUGCCAAACUGCGGCUCUGAUACAACUCCGGGUCGGUGGAAAAGUGUGGAAGCUUGACAGUUUCUUAAAGGGGGACUCUGGUGAUUUAGACACCCCCCCUUCAUCCUCUACACUUCUUUCUGGGGGAUUUCUCCUUUUUUUUUUUUUUUUUUCUUUCCUUGCCUCCUCUUGCUGUGUGACUUUGGCUUUUGGAGAAGGGAGAUUUUAUCCGGACAUGUCUUUCCCUCAGCUGGGGUACCCCCAGUUCCUCAGUGCGUCUCAUGAGGUGUACGCGGGCGAGCGGCCGGCCUCUGCCCGGGAAGGAGGCGCUGAAGGCGGCUUGAGCUCGUCCGCCACCGCCGCGGCCGUCGGCUCCAUGCUGGGGAUGUACGGCAGCCCGUGGGCGGCGCACAACUACAGCGCCUUCCUGCCGUACAGCGGAGCCGCAGACCUCGCACUCAUAUCACAGAUGGGCUCCCAGUAUGAGCUGAAGGACAGCCCGGGCUCCCACCCAGCCUCCCUACCGGUCCACGCCGCUCAGGGCUUCUACCCAUACGGCCAGUACCCGUACGGGGACCCGUCGAGGGCCAAGACCGCCACCAGGGAGACCACCAGCACCCUGAAGGCCUGGCUGCAGGAGCACCAGAAGAACCCCUACCCAACCAAAGGAGAGAAGAUCAUGCUGGCUAUCAUCACCCGGAUGACACUCACACAGGUGUCGACGUGGUUCGCGAACGCGCGCAGACGUCUGAAGAAGGAGAACAAGGUGACGUGGGGCCGCAGCGCGGAGGACCGGGACGGACGCAUCUUCAGCAGCGACAACGAGGACGAAACCGGCAAGAACGGCAGCGACGACGAGGACGAAGAGGAGGAGAUCGAUUUGGAGACGGUCGAUAUCGAGAGACCCGAGGAGCAGCAGCAGGCGGCGGGAGAGGUAGAGGAGGUAGCCGGAGAUGGAGAGGUGGAGGCCGGCCUGGCCGACAGAGAGCAGGCCUCGGAGCCUCGGAGCUCUGAGAGCAGCAGGACGCUUUCUGCGGAGGCCUUGAGAGGAGGAGUGGAGGCGGCUAUUUCUCUCAACAGACCGCCUGUUGUCAAACUAGCAGUGGAUAACUCUCCCAGCAGACAGGAGUGCCAACAGAGACCUCCGCAGAGCAAACCCAAAAUCUGGUCCCUGGCUGAGACCGCCACGGCUCCGGACAGCUCUCACAAACCUUCCCCGCAUCAUGCGCACCACCACGCGGCUGCUGCUUUGGCCUCCGCCGGCCACCCGGCCUUACUCCCGGGUCAUGGGAUUUACACGUGCCAGAUUGGCAAGCUGCACAACUGGGCCAACGCGGCUUUUCUGAACGCCAACUCUCUUUUGAACAUGAGGUCGCUCCUCGGAGGCGCGCCGGCCGGACACCUGCCUCUCCACGGCGCGGUGCCGGUGGCGCGUCAUGACGCACGGCCGGCGGUGGCGGCGGCGGCUGCAGCGGGCCAUGGAGCUUCUGGGACGGAGGACGACAGUGAUGUGGAGUCGUCGGGAAGCUUCAGCCCAAAAAGAGAUGACGAAGAGAGCGACCACAGGCCUGACUCCCUGAAGUCCCCAUUCCAGCUGAUCACUGACAGACCUCACCAUGGCACAGCACCACAGCGAGUUCUGACAACGACAUUAUGAGAAGACAAAGAAAAGAACAAAAAAGAAAGGAAUAAUUUUAUUUAACGGAGAACAGUUUAACUGAAGGCUAUUUUUCUUUUUGACAGUGCUGCCUGUCAUAGUAUUACUGUUUAGCUUCUAUACAUGCAAAAGAGAUGGUUGUUUUUGUCACAGAUUUGCUUGUAUCUCUCCUUUUAUGUCCUCUGUUUCUUCUUCGCCUCUUCUGUUGUGAAUGGAAACCUUGCAAAAUUGUAAAUACAGGAUAUGAAUUUGUCUUUAAAGAAUAUAUUUUUUGGGAACUAAAUAAAUGUCAUUAUAGUCA